CCGCGAAAAAAUAUCAUUGGUGGCUAGAUUAAAGAAUCGGUUACUGUGUGAAAGUGAAGUUUUGGCCGAAAGUGGCCAUUUCCCAGCAAUAAACUGUAGUUGAACUUCAGCAUCCCUCUAACCCUAGUAACGGAUCUGUCAUUUUUAUUUACUUUCAGAAAUGGCCACCAAAACCGCUGCGAAGGAUAAAUCCAAGAAUAUUAUGCGCGAUCUGCGGAUCCGUAAACUCUGCCUAAAUAUUUGCGUCGGUGAAUCCGGUGACAGGCUGACCCGUGCUGCCAAGGUGUUGGAACAGCUGACUGGCCAGACCCCAGUCUACUCGAAGGCUCGUUAUACUGUGCGGUCCUUUGGUAUCCGUCGUAACGAAAAGAUCGCCGUUCACUGCACGGUUCGCGGUGCAAAGGCUGAGGAAAUUUUGGAGCGUGGUUUGAAGGUCCGUGAAUACGAGUUGCGACGUGAUAACUUCUCCCAAACCGGCAAUUUCGGAUUCGGUAUUCAGGAACACAUCGAUCUGGGUAUCAAGUACGAUCCCUCGAUCGGUAUUUACGGUCUGGACUUCUAUGUUGUGCUGGGACGCCCAGGAUACAACGUUGCUCAGAGACGGCGUAAGACCGGCAAGAUCGGUUUCAUUCAUCGCCUGACUAAGGAGGACGCCAUGAAGUGGUUCCAGCAGAAGUACGACGGUAUCAUCCUGAACAGCAAGGCGAAGUAAAAUGCGUUCCAAAACCAAGUUUUUACUGUCUUUGUAAUAAGCUAGAAGUAACACAAAAACAAAAAUAUGAAACCUUA